AUGGAUGUCUCACAAGCCGUCGCCGGAUACAUCUCCAAGAUGAUGCUGUCCUCGGGCGAUGCCUCAUCCUCCAAGAUGAAGGUCCUCUUGCUAGAUAGGGAGACCAUCUCCAUCGUGUCCACGGCCAUCACACAGUCCUCGCUGCUUGAGUAUGAGGUCUACCUCAUUGACCGCCUGGACAACGCCAGCCGCGAAAAGAUGCGCCAUCUUCGCUGCAUCUGCCUGGUUCGCCCCUCGCCCGAGACCAUCCAGCUGCUCAUAGACGAGCUCCGGGACCCAAAGUACGGAGAGUACUACCUCUUCUUCACAAACGUAGCCAAAAAGUCUGCCCUGGAGCGGCUCGCCGAGGCGGACGACCAUGAAGUCGUCAAGGUUGUCCAGGAGCAUUUUGCCGACUACAUCGUCAUCAACCCCGAUCUCUUCAGUUUGAACAUGACCCUUCCGCAGCAGCGGAUAUGGGCUGGUGGCCCGGAUAAAUGGAACCCGGACUCUCUGCAGCGUUGCUCGGAAGGCCUUCUCGCCGUCCUCCUCUCCCUCAAGAAGAAGCCGCUGAUUCGAUAUCAGAAGAGCAGCCCUCUUGCUGCAAAGCUUGCCUCCGAAGUACGAUACCUCAUGACAAAGGAAGACCAGCUGUUUGAUUUCCGGAAAGUCGACACGCCUCCCAUCCUUCUCAUUCUGGAUCGCAGGGAGGACCCGGUAACACCGCUCCUGACCCAGUGGACUUACCAGGCAAUGGUUCACCAUCUUCUCGGCAUCAAGAAUGGCCGAGUUGACCUUAGCGACGUACCAGACAUCAGGCCCGAGCUCAAAGAAAUUGUUCUCUCCCAGGAUCAAGACCCCUUCUUCAAGAAGAACAUGUUUCUGAACUUUGGCGAUUUGGGCGGGACGAUCAAGGAAUAUGUUGAGCAAUACCAGUCAAAGACGAAAAACAACGCCAACAUCGAGUCAAUCUCGGAUAUGAAGCGCUUUAUCGAGGAGUAUCCGGAGUUUCGGAAGCUCUCUGGGAAUGUGAGCAAGCACGUUACGCUUGUCUCCGAGCUCAGUCGGAGAGUUGCUGCCGAGAGUCUGUUGGAAGUCAGCGAACUGGAGCAGAGCUUGGCUUGCAACGACAACCAUAACUCCGAUCUCAAGGCCGUACAAAGAAUGAUCCAAGCACCUAACAUCUCGGCGGGAAGCAAAGUUGGUGUUGUGGCUCUAUAUGCUUUGCGCUAUCAGAAACACCCCGGGAGUGCCCUUCCCAUGCUCAUGGAUCUUCUCGUAGCGGCCGGCAACGUAUCUCCGAGACAGGCUGAUCUGGUUAAGAAAGUCUUGACCUAUCACUCUUCAUUACACACCCCGGACUCCCGAACCGGCAUUACAGAUAUAUUUGACUCGGCUGGCAUCUUUUCCGGCACAGCAAACCGAUUCAAGGGCCUAAAGGGCGUCGAAAACGUUUACACGCAGCACAACUCGCUGCUAGAGGGCACCCUGCAGAACCUCAUCAAGGGCCGGCUGAAAGAGCAACAAUACCCAUUCGUGGAUGACGGCAGUUCGACCCGAGACAAGCCGCAGGACAUUAUCGUCUUCAUGGUGGGGGGAGUGACAUAUGAGGAGGCCAAGAUGAUUGCUGGAGUCAAUGCCACGAUGCCCGGCGUGCGUGUGGUUCUUGGUGGCACGACGGUUCACAACGCGACGACGUUUCUGGAGGAGGUGGAGGACGCCGUCUUGUCUUGGGCGGCCUUCGAUGUCGUCGUCAUAGGCGGUGGCCAUGCCGGUGCCGAGGCGUGCGCUGCUGCUGCGAGAGCCGGUGCGCGGACGGCGCUGGUGACACCCAAGAUGGACAACCUGGGCACAUGUUCCUGCAACCCGAGCUUCGGGGGCAUUGGCAAGGGGACCAUCAUCCGAGAGAUUGAUGCGCUGGAUGGCUUGGCGGGGAGGAUUAUUGACAAAGCGGGCGUUCAGUUUCAUCUGCUGAACCGGAGGAAGGGCCCGGCCGUCUGGGGCCCGCGAGCACAGAUUGAUCGGAACCUCUACAAAAAAUACAUGAGAAGCGAGCUCGAGUCGUACCCGAACCUGUCCAUCGUCCUCGAAAGCGUGUCGGACAUUAUCCUCUCCGAGAACGAAGGCUCAAGCGACGGCACCAAGGGCUCAAUCGCUGGUGUCCGACUGGAGAACGGCGAGAUCCUGCAGACCGGAAGAGUAGUCAUCACGACCGGAACAUUCCUGGGCGGCGAAAUCCACAUUGGGCUCGAGGCCUAUCCGGCCGGUCGCAUUGGAGAGGCGGCGACAACGGGCCUGAGCAAAUCACUACGGGAAGCUGGCUUCCAACUGGGACGGUUGAAGACGGGGACGCCUCCGCGGCUCGACAAAUCGACCAUCAACUUCGACAUACUCCAGAGGCAGUUUGGCGACGACCCUCCCGCGCCCUUCAGCUAUCUCAAUACCCAGGUCGCCGUGCAGGACCAGCUUACCUGCAGCAUAUCAUACACGAACGAGGCUUCACACAAGAUUGUCCGAGAAAACCUGGACAAGUCGAUCCACAUUCGCGAAACCGUAAGGGGCCCGAGAUACUGCCCCUCUCUCGAGUCAAAGGUCAUCCGGUUUGCGGACAAGGAGCGUCACAUCGUAUGGCUUGAACCGGAGGGCUUCGAUAACCCAAUCAUAUACCCGAACGGCCUUUCCAUGACGAUCCCCGCAGAGGCGCAAGAGCAGGUGUUGCGGUCGAUACAAGGGCUCGAGCAAGUCAAGAUGCUGCAGCCUGGCUACGGUGUCGAGUAUGACUAUGUCGACCCCCGAGGGCUAAAGUCUACUCUGGAGACGAAGGCAAUCGGCGGCCUCUAUCUGGCAGGUCAGAUCAAUGGCACCACGGGAUACGAGGAGGCUGCCGGCCAGGGCGUCAUAGCCGGUAUGAAUGCCGGACGAGCUGCCCUCGGUUUGCCUGGGGCAUCGCUAUCUCGAUCGGACGGUUACAUUGGCAUCAUGAUUGACGACCUUAUCACCAAGGGCGUCACGGAGCCUUACCGCAUGUUUACGUCCAGAAGCGAGUUCCGCAUGGCGGCCAGAGCGGACAAUGCUGACCUCCGCUUGACCGAAAAGGGACGGGAAUGGGGCGUCGUCUCGGACCACAGAUGGAGCGUCUUUUCGGAUGAGAAGCAGCAGAUUGAGGAUCUGACCAAGUCCCUGGCCGCCGUUUCCUUGGCGGCUGAUGAGUGGAGCAAGGCAGGAUUCCAGGUCAAGAAGAGCUCGCAGCGCCGGACCGGCGUCGACAUGCUGCGGCUGUCCAACACCACCGAGCGGGUGCAGCUGGACCAGCUGAGCUCCAUCGUGCCCGAAGUCAUGAACUACCCGCCGCGGAUCCGAGACAGAGUCGUCAUCGAGGCGGCGUACGCGCCGUACAUCAAGAUGCAGGCGGCCGAGCGCGGGCGGUUCGUCAACGACGAGAACAUUCGCCUGCCGCUGGACCUCGACUACGACAGCAUCCCUGGCCUGGCCUUGUCGGAAAAGGAAGUGCUGAGGAGGACGCGGCCCGAGACCCUGGCGCAGGCUCGCCGCGCAGAGGGCAUCACUCCUUCGGGGUGCAUCCGGCUGCUUGCUUACAUUCGGCGUCAGGGGUCGUCCACGGCGGCGGCGGCGGCGGCGGCGUCUCUGGGCUUGGAGGGGGCGCCAUUGGAUGUUCGCUUUUCAUCAUGA